UAACUACAUAAACAUCUAGACAAAAAAAAAACCAAUAUCAAACUUCUUUUCUUUCCUCUUCUCAAUACUCAAUACCCACUUCAAUUUCAGGUCACCAGUCUCCCAAUCUCCCCCUUUUUCCAAUCAAAAUCAAACCAAAUUUCUCAACUUUAUUCAACACCCAUUUGCGUAUCUCAACAGUUUCCAGAUCUAACUCACCCAAAUCCCCCAAUUUUCAAUCUAUAAUCCCCCAAUUCAACUUCAACCCAUUACCCAAUUAGGGUUUUUUAAAACCCUAAAUCUUUGUUAUGGCUGUCAGGGGUGUUGAUUUCAAGUGGUAUGAUGGGUUUUUCUUGUCUAUGCUUGCGACUAGUAUAAUAAUUGUUGCGAUUAAUUGGAAGCAUUAUCAUCUCUGCACACACCCCUUGCAUAUAUGGAUCGUGGUUGACUAUACUACUGUAUUUAUUUUUCGUCUGUUAAUGUUUGUGGACAACGGGCUUGCUGCUGGAAUGGGACUGGAUUUUGGCCCACAGCAGAGACAAGCGCGUUUUUGUGGUCGAGUGGUGGUAUUAUCCAUUCUUUCGGUGUUACUCUAUCCGUUUCUUUGGGCAUGGACUAUUAUUGGUUCUCUAUGGUUCAGCAGUGCAAAAGACUGUCUGCCUGAAGAAGGUCAAAAAUGGGGUUUUCUUAUAUGGUUGCUUUUUAGCUACAGCGGGCUUGUAUGCAUUGCUGGCACAUGUAUGAAAAAGUGGCUAACAAGGAGGCAAGCUCAUGCACUACGCGCUCAACAGGGAAUUCCUAUUUCCGAAUACGGGGUGCUGGUUGAUAUGGUUCGUGUACCCGAUUGGGCUUUUGAAACAGCGGCUGGUCAAGAGAUGAGAGGCAUGGGUCAAGAUACUGCAUAUCAUCCCGGGCUUUACUUAACUGAACCCCAGAGAGAAGCAGUGGAGGCACUCAUUCAAGAACUUCCAAAGUUCAUGCUGAAAGCCGUUCCAACUGAUUGCAGCGAGUGUCCGAUUUGUUUGGAAGAAUUCCAUGUCGGGAAUGAGGUCCGGGGUCUUCCGUGUGCUCAUAACUUUCACGUAGCAUGCAUCGAUGAAUGGCUUCGGUUAAACGUGAAAUGCCCUAGAUGCCGAUGUUCGGUCUUUCCAAACCUUGACCUCAGUGCUCUACAAACCAUCCCUGCUGAUCCAGACCGGUUAACCGUCUCAACAAACCGGUACAUGACAAGUCAACCAUCUAGUCAAAGUUACCUAUUGAGAAUGCAGGGUUUCCUCCGUCCAGUCCGCACCGUAAACGUGGGCUCCACCUCGAGCUCUGAUUCCGACAUUGCUUUGGAAAUUGCAGAAAACGGAGGCCAAACUCAUAAUCUUGAUAGAAGUACAGACCCUGUAUGAUGAUAUUUUUGGCUCGUGAGACGCUUUUGAGGUGCAUGAUCAUAGGUUAACGUCACAUCUAACUGUAUGAAUUUGCGGAAACUAAAUCGUGUUAUGCCUGUUUUGUUGUAGUGGAUUUGUUAAAGUUAUGACGUGUUUUUCGCAAGUAAUGGAGUUGUUCGUAAGUUUUGGGUACUCUACUACUCCAGAUGUUCAUGAUUUGGUUUUAGGGUAGGCGUUUGGUUGAGUGAUCAGGGUACGAAAUCUUAUAAACAGAUCUGGUGCGUCGUUCUAAUGAGUUCGGGUCAACAGGGGCCGUUUCGGGCUAAAACUUAUGUAUACGUAUAUAUGUAAAUUUUUUAUGUCUGCUUUCGUGUACUUUUUGAAAGUUUUUCAUAAGAAAAAUCAACCAAGUGGUAACUAUAUUUGUUUUGUUGUA